AUGCCCGACAACAAUCAACAAGCUUCUGAAAAUGCUUCUUCUGACGGCCAGCCUGCGGCCUCACAGCAGGCUGUCAUCACGACACCCUCUGGAGCCAGGGUCUCUUCCACGGCUUCAUUCCGAGCCCUCAAUGAUCAGCAGCUUCAAAAUGCUAUAGCGGCUGAUACGAGACGACGAAUGGCAAUGGGACCACUUACCACAGCAGCAAGCUCUUCCAACCCAGGCGACUACCCGUCGCAAGGUGACGGAUCCACAUUGUACAUGGGCCAAGCCUCCCAAGGAGGGUCCAUGAUGCCGCCGCCACCACUCCCAUUUCAGGGUCAAUCAGGCGUACAAAACCAAUUGUCUCCCGGCCAUACAUGGCAGUACCGCCAGGGACAAUGGACCCAAGGUUCUGGCCGCUCCUUUGUUCCGCAAAAUCAACAGCUACAGCCACAGAGAUUCGGUGAGCAAGAUCUCCUCGAUCUGCUUUACAACGAUGAUAGUGGGCGCGAAGAUGAGGCGUAUAUGGAGCUCUACCGAGCAAGAGGCAGCGACCCUUCUGAUAAAGGUAAAAGACCAGCCUUAGAAGCGCCUUCUCUCGCACAGCAUCCUCCCAAACAGCUUCGAAUCACCGAGACCGGUACAGCAGAGUACGAGGGCGAAAGUGCUGAAGUACCAGAGAUCGACCCCGCCACAGGCGAACCGGUCUCUGAGGGCCCAACGAGUACGCGCCCCGCUUUCCGCAACCUCACCUUCAGCGUCACCGUCGAAGCCGAUUGGGGCACUUCUCUAGGACCAAAUAGUGAAGGCCGAACAAAGUACAGAUACGAUAUCUCAUCUAAGAGCAAAAGCCGAGGGAUGCUGCAAGCUGUGUUGAGGAAUCUUGGGAACAUCCAGCUCCACGACCAGGACGCUUUAGCAAAAGAGUUGCACGAGAUGGAGAGUUGGCAACGAAAGUAA